AUGCCCGAAGUGUGCAAGGCUACAGUCGUGCCACUUCUCACUUCGACAUCGUGCGAUAAGAUCUCUACUCCUGGCGCAACAAAAAUAGUCGAACCCCCGAGCUCAAGCAAGGGGACUAUCCCUUCAUAUCCGGCAAAUCCUAUUCAAGCUUCGCAAAGUGAACGGAACGUUUCACGGACUCAAACAAAAGUUGACACAAGUCUAGGUGUACCACAAGUCAGCGAAUCUACGAUGACUCCUCCAGAUCCAAUCCCGUCUCAACGAAGCCCAAAGAACGUGUCUCAAACUCAAGCAGAUGCAGGGACUCAGACGGGUCAAGCCUCAGUCCCGAUACCAUUGGUCGACAAGCUUUCAAGCCAUGAGGUCGCAAAUCCAGCUGAAUCUCGUUAUCCGCAAAGUCAACAGAGUGUAUCUCAGACACAAGCAAGCGCUAUUACGAGUCGAGCCAUGCAGUCCGACGAGAAUGUCGCGAGCAAUGUGUCUCCUUUUCUAGACUCAGAGCACCUUUUGACAAAUCAACCGGACAUUUCUCCAGCUCAAAGAAAUAAAGAGAUGGAUCAGACCAGUACGCCCCUGGUCCCUGCAGAGGAUCAAAACCCCGUUACGGGGGCUUCAUCGGCCUUUCUGAUGUGUCUGCAGUUGGCGAUCGUGGAAAUGGCUUCUUCGUUGCUUUUGGUCUCGAUAGGUAUUAUCGUACAGCUCAUUUUUAUCUCCAAGCAUGCCGUCAAGUUCGACAGAAUCGAUCUAACAGAUUUUUAUUUUUGCGAUGGUUCGACUCAGUCAGAACGCAAAGCGAUUCUGAAAGCUGCGAAGAGGGCAAAGAAAAUGGCCGACUCAGAAAGAAAGGCACAAAAAGCAGCACGAAAAGAGGCCAAGAAGUCAUUGGAUUCGGGUUCGGCACUGGUCACAGGGAACAGUCAAAUUUCGUUGUUUCAUGAGAAGGGGGUCUUGGACGAAACCGAGGCUGCCCUUGACUGGCAAGAUGCCUCCAUCAACUUGCCAUCGCCAUCGACCACAAGGUCCGGGAUUGAUUUUUCGAGCUUCGGCUUGCCUCAGCGCAAGAAGAAUAAGAAGACCAAGAGCCAGAAGAAGGCCACGACUGCGACAGUCACCGCGGGAGACGCGCAAGUCACUGCGUUUCCAGAACCUAGGAGCGGGUAUGCACACAACUGCCUUGGACCUUCAAAUCCCAGCACGCUGAGAAAAGCCUACUGGGUUGACUGA